AUGUACAACAUUGCCCUCCGGCCUGCCCCUACCGGACGGGUUAAAUGUGACUCCGUAACUGUCCUAGACAGGGCUGGCGCUGAGGUGCGGGUUCCCUGGGCCGGGACUGACCCCGGCUCCUGUUCCCGGCGUUGUCCGGGUGCAGCCUGUGCUGAUGGCGGCCCUGUCUCCGGGCGAGGAGGGACGCUAGGCGGCCGCAGGCCUCGGCCCUGCGCGCUGGACGCGGCCCUGCAGCAAGCGCUUGUAGCAGGGUGGCGGGUCAGGGCGGCAGGCUGCCUCGUCCGGCUCCGCUUAGCGUGUGAUCUGCUUCUUACCCACAGGAAGGGCUUGUCCCAGUCAGCCUUGCCCUACAGACGCAGCGUGCCUACGUGGCUGAAACUUACUUCUGAUGAUGUCAAGGAACAGAUCUACAAGCUGGCUAAAAAAGGCUUGACUCCCUCGCAGAUUGGUGUGAUCUUGAGGGAUUCCCAUGGUGUUGCCCAGGUUCGCUUUGUUACUGGCAACAAAAUCUUGAGAAUCCUUAAAUCGAAGGGACUGGCCCCAGACCUUCCAGAGGAUCUUUAUCACUUGAUCAAGAAAGCUGUUGCUGUUCGCAAGCACCUUGAGAGAAACAGAAAGGAUAAAGAUGCCAAGUUCCGCCUGAUUCUGAUUGAAAGCAGAAUCCAUAGGUUGGCUCGCUACUACAAAACUAAGAGAGUGCUGCCGCCCAAUUGGAAGUAUGAAUCAUCAACAGCUUCUGCCCUGGUCGCAUAAGAGCUGUCAAUGACUUAAUGAACGAAUAAAUUUUCAUUAACUAA